AUGAUAUCUGCCUGGCAGUGCUUGAACUUGCAGUUCAUAGCAGAGAUCUCCACCACUUGGGCUUUUUUUUCAUCCCCUUCUGUUGCCAGCUCAUUCGGCGUAAUAGGAAAUUUGUACACUUAUCUGCAUCUCUCAAAUGUGGAAUCAAUUACCUCGGAGGUGCGAAUCCCGAUGUACGCCGUCCUGACAACAGUUUGCGCGCUCGGAUCUCUGGUUCUUCUACUGCUACCGCACCCUCGACAGGUUGCUGUUGAAAUGAACAUCUCAGGCGAUCGCCCCGAGGAUCCGACUGAGAGCUCCAACAUACUGGAAGGCAGUGGAAACCAGCCGAGUGUAUCAUCACGUUCAUUUGACAGUCCUGAGUAA